UUGAAAAUCGACUUGCUAUGCUAGACACGUAAAAAGUAAAUAUUAAACUUUUAACUUGAUAUUCGCAAAUAUGUCUGCUAAAAUCGAAAACAGCAAAAUAAAUGAAGAUGAUAAUAACCAAAAUGAUUGGGACCUAGAUGAUGACAGCUGGGAUGAUUGGGGUGAUGCUGAAGAAAACACUACAACGGAACAAACACAGAUGCCCACAGCCAGCAGUCAACAACAAAAGGAGGAAGUACCAGCAAAUAACAAUUCUCAAAAUGUCCAAGGCAAAGGUCAGGAGAAAAAAGUGGAAAACAACAAUUUUGAAAAAAGCAGCGCAGAGCCAAACAAAACAACUUCUACGACACAAGGGGGAGGAGGAGGAUGGGGAAGUUUAUUUGGUGGUGUAAUGUCCUCCGUUUUAAGCACAGCCACAGAGUUGACCACUACAGUAAGUCACGGACUGGAUAAAGUAAUUGGCGUCCCUGAUCCCGAAGAAAUGGCACGCAUCAAUGCAUUGCAUGAAGCACGACAAAAGGUUCAGCAAGAACAAGAGAAAUUAUCAAAGAGUGAUCAAGAGGUGGUGGAUAAUGAGGAACGUUCUUUAACUCCCACUAGAACGGGGCCAGCAUUUGGCUUGAGCUUAGUCAAUAAUGUGACAACUUUAGGCAGCAAAGUGCUCAAUACUGGUCUUGAUACAUUGGAGGGUAUUGGCAAGAAGACUAUGACUAUAUUACAGGAGAAUGAUCCAAUGAUUAAAAAUAAAAUAAAAAAACUAGGAUUGGAAAAAGAAAAAGUAAACAUAACAGAGCUACUGAAAGAAGCCAAAAGGGAAACGGAACAAUUGGAACAAUCUAUGAGAGAGCUGAAUAUGGAAAAAAUGAAAGCCCAAUUACGUUUUGAAGUGCUAUUCGAAAACAAUUGUGGUUUAGUACAUUUGGAAGCUUUGGAAAUUUUAUCCAAGGAAUCGCAAUUGAAAAUUCAAACUCUCAAAGACUCUGUUAGUGGUAAAGCUUUGGAUGAACUGUUGGAAACUUUAAACGAGGUUAAGGAAUUAAUGGAUCUAGAGGAUUUGGAGUGUGAAUCGGAAUCGGAAGACUAUGAGGCGAAAGAACUAGAUGAAAAACUUAAGCAAGCCAUAGAGGAUACAGAGCUGCAAAUCAAUUUCGACGAAAUUGUUAGCUUAUGGUCAUCCUCGCUUACGUGGUUUAAUUCCGAAGAAUCGAAGGAUCCUGAAGUUCAGCCUUUGUUUGCCAAGGCAAUGAUAACGCUUUCCGAAACUUGUGCUUUAGAGAUUUUAAAAUUACAUAAAAUCGCUGAGUUACUAUUGAUAAAGGAUCAUCACAGCACCGCCAAUGAAGUUGAUGGCAUUGUACAGCUUUGUAAACAAUUUAUUAUGCAUCUACAGGUGGUGGCGAAUCGUUUUGCGGGUCAUCUUACCAAACACGAACAACAGGAAGAAGCCAAGUCUCAUAUUAGCACAAUUUUCGCUGAAAUGCUAGAGGCCCGGCAACAAAUCGAAAAGGCCUUCAAACUGUUUCUGCCCAUACUGCAAAUAGGAGCAGUGUAAAUAUGAAAAGAUAUGAAAAUGUCCUCAUCAAAUAACAACGUAACGAUUCCAAACAAGUGUCCCACAUAAUUUUUGUAAUAUUAUAUGAACUAUGUUAAUUCCUUACUCUUAUUUAUAUUCAGUCAUUUGUUAUUAUAAUUGUAGCUAUAAGCAUGUUUUCCAAUAAAGACCAAACGAAACGCUGGCUAUUAAAAUAUCUUGUAA